CAUUCUAUCCUGCAUCAUCUUCAACCACAUAUACUAUAUAUAUACACCACUUACACACACACACAAACUCCAUAUCAUCGUCGUCAUCAUCAUGGAACCAAGAACCAUCAUCUUCAUUCUGUUAGUGACAACCUCCAUGUUUAUGCAACUUGAAGGUUCAAGACAUAGUAUACCUCACAUCAGUGUGAUGGGCAUGGUCUACUGUGAUGUCUGUUCCAACAACUCUUUCAACAACAAUCACAGCUACUUCUUGUCAGGGGCAGAGGUUAGGAUCGACUGCAAGUUCAAUGCAGUUUCACCAAGAACAGCUGAACAGAUAUCAGUCUCUGUAAACAAGACUACCAAUCGCUAUGGUGUGUACAGACUGGAUAUACCUUCUGUGGAUGGGAUCUACUGCGCUAGUGAAUCUGCUGUUAUGAACACGUGUAGGGCCAGUUUGAUUGCAAGUAGUUCACCACAAUGCAACGUGCCUGGUUUCAUAACCACUUCUGAUGAGUUUUCUCUUAAAUCCCAACAUGCAAAUCUUUGUAUCUACAGUAUGUUUGCUUUGAGUUUUAGACCAUUUAAAAAAGAUCUUACCAUUUGUGGAAACUAAUCCAUGUAAUAUUUAUUAGUAAUCUGAUAAUUACUAGGUUAUUACAUGAUUUUGGCAUUGUUUUUUCGGUUUUGAAAAGGAACAAGAGUUGUGAGGACAAUUUAGUGGGGCCCAAACCAGAUCCACCUGGAAGCGGAACUGGAAAUGUGCUCUGCGGAUCCCUUGUAUUAUUUUCAUUGAAAGUUUAGCCGCACAAUGUACCAAAAUUCUUACUUCUUAAUUAGCUGUUACUUAUGAUCAUUAUUCAUUGACAA